UUCUUGUGUUGGAUCGAAAGGAACAAAGACGACGGGAGCCGUGAAGGUAGCCAUCUUUCUUACUUUCGCGUGUUUCUUCGGCCAAAUCCCAUAAAUUCGCCGAAAGAGGGAAAGGAGGAUUUAAGUUGCUGUUGAAUUUAAAAGCUUAAAUCUUGCUCAAAUCCAGCUUAAGGGGCUGUUUGGCAACAAAGGUGUAGCGCGUCGCUUUUCGGCUCCUUCGUGGCUGUUCGACUUCGCUCCUUCGACGACUUUCCCUUGCUGUCAGAUCGGAAGUUACGACAUUUUGAUCGGAAGCAAGAACGGGACAUCGCUGGCUGUGAAGGAUUUAGGUUAAAUCCUGCUACCAACAGCCCCCGACGCAGCACAGGAGAUAUCGAUCAAAGAAGCAGAUAAGCAUAGAAUCAACCAUGGAUACGUCGAAUGGAAUUCUGAAAACCAAUGAAAACCCUUCAAAGAUUCUAAGUCGAGAGGCGGUUCCAUUCCUGGAAGAAGGGAUCUUUCUUGUUCUAUCGAGGUGGACAGCUCUGCAAAUGGCGGUUGAGAGUGAAUGGGGAGGCCGCGAAUCCCGCAGGAAGUCGGAGGAACUUGCUUCGGCCAUAUUGUCGUGGUUCACUCAAUCCAAAGAACCUCUUUAUAUUGAUGAUUUAGAGAAUUUACUUGAUGAAAAUAUGGAGCAUUCUUUCAAUACAGAGAUUGAUGAUGGUAGUGUCGAAGAGGUUGCUGAGCAAUUAAUGGUUAUUCAUGAAGACCUUCUUCAAGGAAAUUUUGAAUCAAUUGAAAAACUAAGGAAAGCAGCUCCUGGGACAGUUGCUGUCUCUCAAAGUAGACAGGCCAUGGAUGAUAAUGUUGAUGAGAGUUCAGAUGAUGAAGGAUCAGAUAUGAUGGUUGAUGAAUCACCUCUAACUGAAAUUGUAGCAGAUAAAACUGAGCAAAUUCAAGUGCCUGAUGAAGAAGGAUGGUGUGUUGUUCCCUCGAGGCGUCGUCAAGGUAAGAGAUCGGGGUAACGGUCUUCUAACGGUCUGAAAAUUGAAAUUAUUGUUUUGUAUUAAGUCAACUAUUUAAAAUUCUUUAUCUGUAUCUUCAUAUUUCCUGAUACUGUAUUGAGGAUUUCGUUAUUUUAUGAGAGAAAUUUGAGCUGGUUGAUGCUGUA